AUGUCUUCAACGACUUCGUUGGAGAGUUUCUGCUCUCUUCCGGAGGAUAUCUUGGUCCGUAUCUUCCUUUCCAGUGAAUUAGAUGCGGUCAUCGCAUGCAAGCGGGUUUGCCGCCGUUUCCAACGUCUGAUGGACGGCGACAUCUAUCUCCAAUACAAGAUAGAACUCGCACUCAGUGGCAUGAUCGAUGGCCCGCAGAGCUACCCCAUGAGCGUGGUCGAGCGACUGCAACUCCUACGAGAGUACAGCAAGAAGUACCACGCCCUGUACUUCACCUCCUCCGAAUUCAAGUACUCCUGGCAGCUAUGGCCGAGAACCGGAACGCGGUGGAAGUUCUUUCUGGGCUUUGGAGGGACCAUCUCGUACAUCGUCGUCAAGCCCGCGCAAAGAGAGAUCAGCAUCUCUGCGCCGCCAUUGUUCACGGGACUGCGCGAGAUGCGAGACUGGGUCGUGCCGUACGAUGCGUUUAUGGAAGAUGUGGAUCGGGAGAUACUGUGCGCCUCGGCCGACGUAUCGCAGGACCUCCUCCUCGUUGCUGUUCAUGGUGAAGAUACCCGGCACAUCACUGUAUAUCUGCGCUCUUUGGACGAUGCGGAACGACCGCAUCCCUGCGCACUACAGCCGACGCUGCCAAUCACGACGACGGAGGACUUGUACCCUUUCACCUGGGACCACGAGCGGCCGACACCACUCUCUAUGAAAUCGUGCGAUGUUCAAAUCCACAACAAUAUUAUUGCUUGGAAGGUGGUCGUCGGUGUCGAUGUCGCAGACCCCAGCGAUGUCGAAAUAUGGGACUGGACAGAAGGACGGCGAAUAUAUCAUUCUCCGCAAAACCCCGAGGACUCCUUCACCCUGAGUGACGAUGCACAUAUAGUCCACGAAGAGUGGCCGCUCGGCCUAUUGCUCAAGGUCCCUCCUGCCCACACGCUCGUCUCGAUCCAGGCAUGGAGCAUCCCUUCGCCUCCUUCAUCAGACCCUCAGCCGUUCUGGACGAACCCUGAUCUCCGAGUUGUGGUGGUCAGGUUCGUGAAAGAGGUUGCGCUGCUGAUCCCGUACCAGACGUUCCGCGACGCGUUGUCGGUCGCUGUGUCCCCCAAGCAGAACCCUCCGCACCGUGCGCCCUACGAGUAUUCAAUCGCAUGGAAGGACUGGAUCCCUCGCGGGGCCCUGCUCGUCCACAUCCCACGGGCAGAGUCGAUCUUGCAUAGAUGGAGCGUCCACCACUGCUAUGCAUACGGCUCCUAG